GAAUCGAAUUGCCUGAAAGCGACGACCUGACAGUCAGCGAUUGACCGACCUCCUUCGCGACUUCUGCGAGCAUCCGGCAGCUCGCAUAAGCCACCAUGACGACCCAAGCAUUCAUUGUAGCAGCAAAACGGACGCCGUUCGGAGCGUUCGGCGGCAAACUCAAGUCGUUCAAUGCGGCUGCACUCGGUGGCUUAGCCUCCAGAGCGGCUAUUGCCGAGCUGCCAGAAGGUGUCAAGUUUGACCAAGUCAUCUUUGGCAGUGUGCUCCAGAGCGACAAUUCGGGCGCUUACCUAGCGCGGCACGUCGGACACCACGCCAAGCUGCCUGUAGAAGUGCCAGCUCUCACUAUCAACAGGCUGUGUGGCUCUGGAUUCCAAACGAUCGUCAAUGCCGUGCAAGAGAUCAAGCUCGGCGAGAGCAACGUCGUUCUCACUGGCGGCACAGAGAAUAUGUCCAUGGCACCAUACACGCUGGCUGGCGCGGCGCGAUUUGGAUCAAAGUAUGGCGUCGAUCUCAAGCUGGAAGACUCUCUCGCAGCAGCAUUGACAGAUCGCUUCCCUACCGUCACGCCAAUGGGUAUAACAGCAGAGAAUCUCGCUGACAAGUUCGGUAUCACGCGAGAAGAAUGCGACAACUAUGCCGUUCAGUCUCAGCAUCGAUGGGCAGCAGCACAAGAAGCGGGCGCAUUCAAAGACGAGAUCGCACCCGUCAGUGUACCGGGACGCAAGGGCGCUGUUGAGUCGUUCGAAAUCGACGAACAUCCGAGACCCAAGGUCGACUUGGCCGCAAUGACUAAAUUGCCCGCCGUAUUCAAGAAGGGCGGCGUGGUCAGUGCGGGCAAUGCGAGCGGUAUCUGCGACGGUGCAGCUGCCAACGUUGUUGCGAGCGAAGAAGGUGUCAAGCGAUACGGUCUCAAACCUCUCGCACGAAUCUUGAGCUAUCACGUCGUCGCUGUUGAGCCAUCUAUCAUGGGCAUCGGACCCGUUCGAGCAAUUCAGGGCGCCCUAGAGCGUGCAUCGCUCAACAUUGACGACAUCGAUCUGUUCGAUAUCAACGAGGCCUUUGCAGCGCAAUGGCUCUCUGUGCAGCGUGAGCUCAAGCUGCCUAAUGAGAAGUCCAACAUCUUUGGCGGUGCGAUUGCGCUGGGACACCCACUCGGAGCAUCUGGCGCUCGCAUCACUGCCAACCUCGUCCACAACCUCAUCAGACUCGACAAGCGAUAUGCUGUCGGCGCAGCCUGCAUCGGCGGCGGACAGGGCAUCGCAAUCGUACUCGAGCGAUGCUAGCUAGAUCAAUCACACUGAGUCAUGUCACACUGACGUAAACACUGAAAAUUGCAUCGCA